GGGUGGCCUGCUGCAGGAGGUGUCUGGGUUCUUAAGACAAGCCAUCGCGAUGUCCUUUAUCGGGGUCUAGGUCGGAUCGGAAACGCCCGCGACAUGGAGGAGCGCUGUUGCCUAAUCAAGCGGUUUGGUGGGAUCUUUUAUGAAAACCCUGCCGAUUGUCCGCAUCUUGAUUUGGCUUAG